CCGAAUUCAAGUUUCCCAUGCACGAUAUGCACUUGAAGCAAUCGUUUGGCAACAUAAAAAUGGCUUGCACUCUGGCACUGAUAGCCCCACUUCUUCUUUACACUUUCCACAACAUUCCUCGCAAAAGGAAGUACAGGAACUUCUACUCCAACUACGAUCCCUUAGAUGCAUUCGACCGCAUGAUGAGUGGAGGCUAUCUCGCAUCCUGUCCGCCGGGUAGUGGUCCCAAAAAGGAUGACAAAAAGGACAAAAAGAAAAAAUAGAUCACGACAUAAGAGGCCCCAACAAUUAUCACCAAACACGACCACAUACUUAAAAGGAAAUCUAACACGAAUAUGGAUUCUAAGAAAUUACGCAUUGAUUACUUAAUUUUUAACCAAAUGACAAAAACUGGAGAACGCUUACCAAACGAGUGAUACAAUCGAAUAUUUACCAGAACUUUGGGCCAAACAUUUCAAAUUAAGAAGUUUUUCCUGACGAGACGCUUGACCUGAGAGCCGCAAAUGGAAAACAAAAUCCUCUUUAAAUUGAAUUGUAUCAGGUAACACAAAUUUAAUUUAAUAUAUGGAGCAUUGCAAACAAAA